UGCGCAUGCACCCUCUCGGUGCCGCAGUGCAUCCUGGAUCAGGCCAUUCAAUCCCAUCCGCGGUGAGCGGCGGGUCCGUGUCCGGGUGGAGACGGUCGAGUGUCGAGACUGUCCCGGAGACGCGUCCCGCCGAGUCGCUGCAGCUCGGCCCCGUUCGAGCCCAGCUCCAGCCUCGAGGUCAGCUUCAUCACCGAUCCGAGUCACCGUCAAGCUUCUGGAGGCCGCGACCGCAGUGUGUUCGGGAUGGAGGUAACAAAUUCACAAACCCCGCCGUCACAAACUCCUGACUCCACAGACAUCAACCCCUAUCAGUGUCCACACUGCGGGAAACGCUUCAAACGGUCGUGUAACCUUAUUGAACACCAGCGGGUUCACACCGGGGAGAAGCCGUUCAACUGCCCGGACUGCGGGAAGGGAUUCACGCAGUUAUCCAACAUGCUCACACACCAGCGAGUUCACAGCGGGGAGAAGCCUUUCACCUGCUCCGAUUGCGGGAAGAGCUUCGCCUUCCACUCCAACUUCGUGGUGCACCUACGCUUCCACACUGGGGAGAAACCGUUCACCUGCUCUGAGUGCGGGAAGGGGUUCACACAGUCAUCGGAGCUGAUGAAGCACCAGCGAGUUCACACCGGGGAGAAGCCGUUCUCCUGCCCGGAGUGUGGGAAGGGGUUCACACAAUUAUCCAACAUGAUUACACACCAGCGGGUUCACACCGGGGAGAAGCCGUUCACCUGCCCGGACUGUGGGAAGGGGUUCACACAGUUAUCCAACAUGUAUUCACACCAGCGACUUCACAGCGGAGAGAAGCCGUUCAUCUGCCCGGACUGCGGAAAGGGGUUCACACGGUUAUCCAACAUGCUCACACACCAGCGAGUUCACAGCGGGGAGAGGCCUUUCAUCUGCCCUGAGUGUGGGAAGGGAUUCACUCAGUCAUCUCACCUGAUGACCCACCAGCGAAAGCACACCGGGGAGAAACCAUUCAGCUGCUCCGAGUGUGGUAAGGGAUUCAGCGAUUCCUGUUACCUGUUGAGCCAUCAGCUGAUCCACACCGGGGUGAAGCCGUUCACCUGCUCCGACUGUGGGAAGGGCUUCACCCUCUCGUGUGACCUGCUGAAACACCAGCGGAUCCACACCGAGGAGAGGCCGUUCACCUGCUCCGAGUGUGGGAAGGGAUUCACUCGUUCAUCUGAAGUUUUAAAGCACCAGCGGAUCCACACCGGGGAGAAACCGUUCAUCUGCGCCGAGUGUGGGAAGGGAUUCACUGAGCAAUCUUACCUACUGAUACACCAGCGUGUCCACAGCGAGGAGAAACUGUUUACCUGCUCGGAGUGUGGGAAGGGAUUCACUCAAAUAUUUUACCUGAAGAGACACCAGCGAGUUCACACGGGGGAGAGACCGUACGUCUGCUCGGAGUGUGGGAAGAGUUUCGCUCAGAUAAACAACCUGAAGUCCCACCAGCGAGUUCACACGGGGGAAAGGCCGUUCACCUGCUCUGAGUGUGGGAAGAGAUUUAUUCAGUCCUGUCACCUGACAACGCACCAGCGAACUCACACCGCAGAGAAACCGUUCAAAUGCUCCGAGUGUGGGAAGGCCUUCAACCAAACAUCUUCCCUGGUCGCACACCAGCGAAUUCACACGGGGGAGAAACCUUUCAAAUGCACUGUGUGUGGGAAGGGAUUCAGUCAAAGAUCGUACCUGGUAACGCACCAGCGAAUUCACACCGGGGAGAAACCAUUCAUCUGCUCCGACUGCGGGAAACAGUGCAAGCAAUCCAGCGAGUUGAUCGAGCACCAGCGGGUUCACACCGGGGAGAAGCCGUUCACCUGCCCCGACUGUGGGAAGUGCUUCGCCGCCCGCUCCAACCUCAUGGUCCACCUGCUGAUCCACACGGGGGAGAAACCGUUCAUCUGCUCUGAGUGCGGGAAGGGGUUCGCUCAACCAUCUUACCUGUCGACCCACCAACGAAUUCACAGGGGAGAAAAACCGUUCGUCUGCUCCCAGUGUGGUAAAGGGUUCACCUAUUCCUCCUGCCUGUUGAGACACCAGCUGAUCCACACCGGGGUGAAGCCGUUCACCUGCUCCGACUGUGGGAAGGGCUUCACCCUCUCGUGUGACCUGCUGAAACACCAGCGGAUCCACACCGAGGAGAGGCCGUUCACCUGCUCCGAGUGUGGGAAGGGCUUCACUCGUUCCUCCGAAGUCUUAAAGCACCAGCGGAUCCACACCGGGGAGAAACCGUUCAUCUGCGCCGAGUGUGGGAAGGGAUUCACUGAGCAAUCUUACCUACUGAUACACCAGCGUGUCCACAGCGAGGAGAAACCGUUCACCUGCUCGGAGUGUGGGAAGGGAUUCACUCAAUCCUGUCACCUACUGAACCAUCAGCGAGUUCACACGGGGGAGAAACCGUACGUCUGCUCGGAGUGCGGCAAGGCUUAUACUCAGAUCAACAACCUGCAGGCCCACCAGCGAGUUCACACCGGGGAGAGGCCGUUCGCCUGCUCUCAGUGCGGGAAGAGAUUCAUAAGGUCAAGUCACCUUUUGAUGCACCAGCGGAUUCACAGCGGGGAGAAGCCGUUUAUUUGCCCAGAGUGUGGGAAGGGGUUCGCAGUACCCUAUUACCUGUUGACGCACCAGCGAAUUCACACCGGGGAGAAGCCAUUCAAAUGCUCGGCGUGCGGGAAGGGAUUCAAUCAAAGAUCGUACCUGGUGGCGCACCAGCGAAUUCACACCGGGGAGAAACCGUUCAUCUGCUCCGAGUGCGGGAGGGGAUUCAAUCAGCGAUGCAGCCUGAAGAAACACAAGCAAGUUCACACGGGGGAGAAGCUGUUCACCUGCUCCGAGUGUGGGAAGAGGUUCAUUCGGCCAUCCAACCUGGUGAAACACCAGCGAGUUCACAGUAGGGACAAGGAUUGAAAAUGCUGUGUGUGGGAUAUAUAUCCAGAUGCAGAGACCCUCUCGGGGUGAUGGAAUCUGUAUAAUCGUCACUUUUCUCAUAGUUUAACUUUCUUAUGCUUCUCUGUAUUUUUCAUAUAUUUAUCUCUACACAUGUGAUUGUUCUGGCUGCAGUUGCCUCCGUAUUGUAUUGUGGAGACUUCUAACAUCCAUUGGUUCAGCAGAGUCCAGCAGAGUCGGCACUGGGUCGGGGAUGAGCAGCACGUUAACCACAACUUGGCUGCUGGUACCACAGUGCCGGAGCCACUGCCGGAGCCGGAAGUCUGGAAGAUGGCAGAAGGAAGGUCAGCUGAUCUCUCCACUGAUUCUCAGUAAGCUUUUGGAAUUGUUCGCGAUUUGGAGGCAAAGGGGAUUUCUUACCCCAGUACUGGAUCUCGGGAGUGUUAUCGAAUUGCUGUGGAGGAGACUGCAUCAUGACUACGAGGGAAAACCGUGGCCGUGCAUUAGUGGAUGAACUGACAAAAAGGCAGCUUGGGAUGGGUCAAAGAAGUUUUUUUUUAAAAAAACACCUCAAAAAGUUAAAAGAAGUGCAGGGAGCAGCUGGGGUGAACCCGAGAAAUGAAAUUCAGGAAACAAAUUCAGUUCACAAGCAGGGUAUUUCAGAGAUGCAAUGUACUGACAAAGAAAGGUUGUCUGGGAUGGAGGAUGCUGGGAGAUCACUGAGCGAUGAAGCAUGGGGUCGUGGACCAUUCCCACGAGGAAAGCCACAGCCAGACACAGCAACAACUAACCGAGGACUGUGUUUAGAGAUGGAGAUUGCCUCCUCACACUGACUCUGACCAAGGAACACAUUUCACUGGGAAUGUUUGCUGGGAAUUUUGACAACUGAUGAACAUUGAACGGUCUUUCCAUUGUCCACAGCACCCAGAGUCAUCAGGACAGUCGAAUGAAUGAUGGAAUCACCAACAACGACUGAGUGAGUAUCAUGAGGAAGGUUGAACCAAUGGCCUACGGCUCUUCCUGUCGUUCUGUGUGACAUCAGAGCAACCCCAAACGAGAUAAAGUCCAUUGGAGGUGGUAACAGGGUGACCCACGUCACCGCCGGGAGCUCUCCACCUCAGAGAGGCUGAUAAACAUGUUAUGGCAGAGAGUUUAAUUAACUAUUUCGUGAAGUUAACCCAAGAUGUGCCGUCCGCUUCCCAACAGGUUUCUGCUGCUCGGAGUGAUCAAACACCCGGAUUCCUGCUGAGAUUCCCGUACGGAACCACUGGGAGCUCAAUGAGAGGGUCCUUAACGAACGUUGUUAAUUACUAAUUCGGAUGUGAAAGGAGGUGAAAGUGAACAGACGCGAACAUGAGGAAAUCUGCAGAUGCUGGAAAUUCAAGCAAAACACACACAGAAUCUGAAUACAGGCGAGUCACUGCGAGUAAGCCGAAGUGGUUGCUGACAAAGACAAGUGCUGUGGUUAACGUGCUGCUAAUCCCCGACCCAGUGCCUACUCUGCUGGACGACAUGAACGGUGUCGAUAACUACAGCUUAUUAAAGUGUUUAUUCUAA